UCUUGGCCUUCCCUGUUCUUCCCCACUUUCAGUCCCCAUUGCACAGUAAAGAAGCCGAAGGAGCUGCUGACCGUCCGGCCCUGGUUCUCAGGGAACCACCUCCGCGGAGCAUCCAGCAAUCUCUCUGUGUCCUGUGAUUACAAGAUGAGCAAGAAACGUGAGAGCUGCAAGGAGAGGGAUGUCUUUUUCGACUGGAAUGGCAAAAUUUAUCAGGACAAACAUUUCUUCAGGAUUAUGGUUGGUGAUUUUCGUCAAAGAAUGACCAUACCACAGAAAUUUGUGCAACGUUUGACGGGGAAAAUAACAGGAACUAUCAAGUUAGAAUCACGUGCUGGUUCUAGUUUUGAUGUUCAAGUUAUCAACAAUCAGGGUAAGGUAUCCCUUGGGUUUGGAUGGGAGGCAUUUGUCAGUUCUCAUGAUUUGAAUAGGGGAGACUUCUUGGUAUUCAAAUAUAAUCGGAGGUCUCAUUUAAAGGUUCUAAUCUUUGAUCCAAGUGGUUGUGAGAAAUUAUCAUCUAUCGUAAUGGAUGCUACUCAUAAAUCACAAAGGAAAGAACCAGUUGGCAUGCCAAGCCCAUAUCAUGAUAUCUCCAUGAAAUCUUCUUCAAGUGCAAAUAAAGCAUGGGAACAGCAGGAUAGCUCAAAUCAGGGGCAUAAUGUGAUCGAUAUCAGUUCAUCGAGUUCUUUACCCAGAUCGUCAGAAGAUGCUACAUUUCCCAAAGACGAUCAGGAAGUGCAAUUUGUACCAGAGUACAUCUUACCAUGUGGCACCUAUCUUACUAGCAUGCAGAAGCAAAAAGUGAAAGAGAAAGUCCGGGCAAUUCAUUCUGAAAUCCCCAUACAUGUCUGUGUCAUGACGAAGAGCAACAUAUAUGGAAGAAGUCGUUGCAUGAACUUUUCUCGACAAUAUGCUGAUGCAUACCUUCGAUUUGAGAAGAAAGAGCUGAUGCUUCAGUGCGGUGGCAAAAUUUGGGACGUGCGAUGUUCAAAGGUCGGCAAACAUACAAGGCUUUGGAAAGGGUGGAAGCAGUUUGCAUCAGACAAGAAUUUGCAAUUGGGUGAUAUCUGUCUCUUGGAGCUCCUGAGAAACAAGGAGUAUACGAUGAAUGUGCAUAUCAUUCGCAGUAGAUGAAAUGUUGUAGACCAGUUCUGCUGGUCGUACUAUCUUUUGCUGUUGGAGGAGUUUUCCCCUUUCUGUUUGAUCGAUAAGCAUCACUGCUAAUGCACUAUCUGUGAUGUAUGUUCUAUAUCCAUCCACCUAGUUACUUUGCUGUGAAGCAUAUGUUGUUGUUGCGUCUUGUGGGUUUUGGUCCAUUUUGUAUGGUGAAGCCAUGAUUCCA